UAUCGGACAAAACCUUUUUGCUGCAGCGCUUGUCCAUUUUCUUCAAAAUUCUUCUCUGCCUACAAAAGUCAUUUUCGGAAUGUCCAUAGUGAAGACUUUGAAAAUAGGAUUCUCCUUAAUUGCCCCUACUGUACCUUCAAUGCAGACAAAAAGACUUUGGAAACACACAUUAAAAUAUUUCAUGCUCCAAACGCCAGCACACCAAGUAGCAGCCUCAGCACUUUCAAAGAUAAAAGCAAAAAUGAUGGCCUUAAACCUAAGCAGGCUGACAGUGUGGAGCAAGCUGUUUAUUACUGUAAGAAGUGCACUUACCGCGAUCCUCUUUAUGAAGUAGUUAGGAAGCACAUUUACAGGGAACAUUUUCAGCAUGUGGCAGCACCUUACAUAGCAAAGUCAGGCGAAAAAUCACUCAACGGUGCUGUCCCCUUAAGCCCAAAUGCCUGGGAAGAGGGUAGUAUUCACUGCAAGCGAUGCCUUUUCAUACCAAAGUCCUAUGAAGCUUUGGUACAGCAUGUCAUCGAAGACCACGAACGCAUAGGCUAUCAGGUCACUGCCAUGAUUGGGCACACAAAUGUGGUAGUUCCCCGAUCCAAGCCUCUGAUGCUAAUUGCUCCCAAACCUCAAGAGAAGAAGGGCCUGGGACUCCAAUCAAGAAUUGGUUCCCUUGCUUCUGGAAACGUCCGGUCUUUGCCUUCACAGCAGAUGGUAAAUCGACUCUCAAUACCAAAGCCUAACUUAAAUUCUACAGGAGUCAACAUGAUGUCCAAUGUCCACCUACAGCAGAACAAUUAUGGAGUCAAAUCUGUAGGCCAGGGCUAUGGCGUUGGUCAGUCAAUGAGACUGGGUCUAGGUGGCAACGCACCAGUUUCCAUCCCUCAGCAGUCUCAGUCUGUGAAGCAGUUACUUCCAAGUGGAAAUGGAAGAUCUUUUGGGCUUGGGGCAGAGCAAAGGUCCCAGGCACCAGCACGAUACUCCCUGCAAUCUGCUAAUGCCUCUUCUGUCUCAUCCGGCCAGUUAAAGUCUCCUUCCCUCUCCCAGUCCCAGGCAUCCAGAGUAUUAGGUCAGUCCAGUUCCAAACCUACUGCAGCUGCCACAGGCCCACCCCUGGCCAAUACUUCCUCAACCCAAAAGUGGAAAAUAUGUACAAUCUGUAAUGAGCUUUUUCCUGAAAAUGUCUAUAGUGUGCACUUCGAAAAAGAACAUAAAGCUGAGAAAGUCCCAGCAGUAGCCAACUACAUUAUGAAAAUCCACAAUUUUACUAGCAAAUGCCUCUACUGUAAUCGCUAUUUGCCCACAGAUACCCUGCUCAACCAUAUGUUAAUUCAUGGUCUGUCAUGUCCAUUCUGCCGUUCAACUUUCAAUGAUGUGGAAAAGAUGGCAGCACACAUGAGGAUGGUUCACAUUGAUGAAGAGUUGGGACCUAAAACAGAUUCUACCUUGAGUUUUGAUUUGACAUUGCAGCAGGGUAGUCACACUAACAUUCACCUCCUUGUAACCACAUACAACCUGAGGGAUGCUCCAGCUGAAUCUGUUGCUUAUCAUGCCCAAAGUAACCCUCCAAUCCCUCCAAAGCCACAGCCAAAAGUUCCGGAAAAAGCAGAUGCCCCUGUUAGAAGUUCACCUCAAGCUGCAGUACCCUAUAAAAAAGAUAUUGGAAAAACCCUUUGCCCUCUUUGCUUUUCAAUCCUAAAAGGACCCAUAUCUGAUGCACUUGCACAUCACUUACGAGAGAGGCACCAAGUUAUUCAGACGGUUCAUCCAGUGGAGAAAAAGCUUACCUACAAAUGUAUCCAUUGCCUUGGUGUGUAUACCAGCAACAUGACUGCCUCAACCAUCACUCUGCAUCUAGUUCACUGCAGGGGUGUUGGGAAGACCCAGAAUGGCCAGGAUAAGACAAAUGCACCCUCUCGGCUUAAUCAGUCACCAGGACUGGCACCUGUGAAGCGCACUUACGAGCAAAUAGAAUUUCCCUUGACGAAGAAGCGAAAGUUAGAUGAUGAUAGUGAUUCACCCAGCUUCUUUGAGGAGAAGCCCGAGGAACCUGUUGUUUUAGCAUUAGACCCCAAGGGUCAUGAAGAUGAUUCCUAUGAAGACAGGAAAAGCUUCCUAACAAAGUAUUUCAACAAACAGCCCUAUCCCACCAGGAGAGAAAUUGAGAAGCUGGCGGCCAGUUUAUGGUUAUGGAAGAGUGACAUCGCUUCCCACUUUAGUAACAAGAGGAAGAAGUGUGUCCGCGACUGUGAGAAGUACAAGCCGGGUGUGUUACUGGGCUUCAACAUGAAAGAGUUAAACAAGGUUAAGCAUGAGAUGGAUUUUGAUGCUGAGUGGUUAUUUGAAAACCAUGAUGAGAAAGAUUCCAGAGUUAAUGCUAGUAAAACUGCUGACAAAAAGCUCCACCUUGAGAAGGAAGAUGACAAUUCCUCAGACAGUUUUGAAAAUUUGGAAGAAGAAUCCAAUGGAAGUGGUAGCCCUUUUGACCCUGUUUUUGAAGUUGAGCCUAAAAUCCCUAAUGAUAAUCCAGAGGAACAUAUACAGAAGGUAAUUUCUGAGGAUGUUCUAGAAUCUGAGGGAAAGCUAGACCAAAAAGGUGUGGAUGGUUCAAAAUAUGAAACUAUUCAUUUGACUGAGGGAACAACCAAACUAAUGCAUGAUGCUUCUGACAGUGAGGUUGACCAGGAUGAUGUUGUGGAGUGGAAAGGUGCUGCUUCCCCGUCUGAGAGCGGCCCUGGUUCCCAGCACGGGUCAGACUUUGAGGACACUUGUGAAAUGAAACCAGGAACCUGGUCCGAUGAGUCUUCCCAGAGUGAGGAUGCAAGGAGCAGUAAGCCAGCUGCCAAAAAAAAGGCUACCAUGCAAGGUGACAGAGAGCAGUUGAAAUGGAAGAAUAGUUCCUAUGGAAAAGUUGAAGGGUUUUGGUCCAAGGACCAGUCACAGUGGAAGAAUGCAUCUGAAAAUGAUGAGCGCUUGUCCGGUCCACAGAUUGAGUGGCAGAAUAGCACAAUUGACAGUGAGGAUGGGGAGCAGUUUGAGAACAUGACUGAUGGAGUAGCUGAGCCAAUGCAUGGCAGCUUAACUGGAGUUAAACUGAGCAGCCAACAGGCGUAAGUGACAGGUUCUUGGACAUCAGGGCCAGGUUCUCUGGCAUCAGUGACAUGCUGCAGCCUCGAACUCUGUUCUUUGAGUAUGACUGCAAAACUAUAUUCUAACUGGUACUGCCUUCUGAGUUGCUGGGUCAUCAGGCUGUAAGGACAUGUGGCCACUGCAGUCCCGAUGGUUAUUUCUAUGAUACAUGACUGGCUGAUUUGCUUUAGAACUUGCUGUGACAGACACAGUAAUUAAAUGUGAAAAACCAAUAAGCUGGUGGCUCACGAAUGCACA